AUGAGAGGAUCACAACUCUUAAAAACACUCACAGGAACAGCAUUGUUGACAUGUGGAGGUUAUUACAUGAUCAACAAAAUGAUGAAUGAUUAUCAAUGGAAUUUGCAUUCCGAUGUGUUUGACAACCAUCAACAAUUGACACCUUCAUGGAUGCCAUUAAUGCAAGCAGAAGAAAAGAAGUUUAAAGCUCCACAAUCAGGCGUCAUUACAGGAAAUUAUGCACAAAUGGCAAUUAUUACGAUCAAACUUAAGGAUUCCUUUGCUCACAAGGAAUAUGCCAAAGUUUUGAAAGCUGUUGGUGAGGUUCCACAAAUUAUUUCCAGAUUAUCCAAUGGUGAUGCUCCCAAUGAAGAUGAAGAUGAAUUGCCACCUGUGAUGGCAAGUGUUGGUUUAUCCACUCGAUUCUGGAGUCAACUUUCUUUGAAGGAUCCAAAAGCAUUCCGCAAACCUGAUGGAUACACUGCAGAUUUUGACACUAAGAAGGGAGAGUUUGGAUCGAUGCCUUUCAAAGAAAGUGAAAUUGUAUUGCAUGUGAAAGCCAAAUCUACUUCAUUGUGCUAUGAAACCAUUCAAGAGUUUGUAAAUUCCCUUCCAAAAGACUCGAUUGAGAAUGUACAAGAACAUUAUGGUUUUAUGUAUCAAGAUUCAAGAGAUUUAACAAAAUUCAUUGAUGGAAUUGUGAAUCCAAGUGGAGUUGAGGAUCGUCAGGAAGCAGCUCUGAACCAUUCUGGAGGAAGUUUUUUGUUGCACCAAAAGUGGGUUCAUCAUCACAAUCCAGAUUCUAAAUAUACACUGAAACAACAAGAGGAAUUUGUUGGAAGAGAACGAGCUUAUGGUGCUGAGCUGUCAUCCUUGCCACCAACUUCACAUGUCGCAAGAAUGAGAAGACCCAACGGUGAAAUUAUUCCAAUUCUUAGACAAUCCUUUCCAUUUGGAACAGUCACGGGAGACCAUGGAUUAUUAUUCAUUUCCUAUUCUUCAAAUACGGAAAAGUAUGAAACCUUAUUGAACGCCAUGGUUGGUAAGGUACACGGAAAACACAACGAUGCCAUUAUGAAAUUCUCCAAAUGUGAAUAUAGCAAUUAUUACUAUGUUCCCUCACUAGAAGAGUUGGAGAUUAUCAAAUCGAAAUAUUAG